UUUGAACAAUGGCGGCUGCGGCGUCUUCGCGAGGCGUCAAUGGCGAGCGGACGUGAGAAGUUUUUGCCGAGAUUGCUGGAGGGUCAGCAGCCGGAACCGGACUGGUGGCUCCCCGGGGGUCCAAUAAGUCAGCCAAUUGGCCGGGCUAACGACAGACACCAAGAAACAAGAAGAAAUGAAGCCAGGGAAUGUUUAACCCAAGUCGAUUCUUUCAAGACAUUGUUGAAACUUGCUCUGGAAAGGCUGCCGCCUGAGAUCCUGAUGAAGAUCCUGUCCCACCUGGACGCCGCCUCGUUGCUGAGCCUCUGUCAGGUCAACAAGCUCUUCUGCCGCCUCGCCAACGACGACGCCACGUGGUACAAGAUUUACAUGGCCCACUUCGCGUGGGAAUUGUGGCGGCCCAAGGCCACGGAGGACGGCGCGGACAGGGCGACGGAACCGCAGGAGCGCCCGCCGGGCGGCUGGAAGGAGAGGUACCUGUGGAAGAUGGGCGGUCAGGAGCUCAGCAAGUGGCAGAGGGAAACCAGAAACUUUGACCCCUUAACCGGGCUGCCUCAGCACCUUGGCCGCAUCCUCAGGAACAUCAAUGUGGUGUGGGAGGUGACGCUGCGGGACGGCCUGGGCCGAGAGGCGACUCCGCCGCUGAGCGCGGUGUCCAUCUUCAAGACGUCUGUCACCUUCUCCUGGGGCGGAAGUCUCCUCGUGCGCCACCCGCACGUCUGCGCCAUCCGGCUGAGCGCCGUGCGGAAGGACGCGCACGGCGAGCCCAAAACGGCUUGGCGCUCGCUCAUUUGCCGGACGGACGCGGAGGCCGACGGACGCCCGCGCGGCCACUUCCUGGGCAAAGACAGGCUGGUCCAGAUCAUGUUCUUCCCGCCGGGUUUCAUCGUUGGCUUCUGGAGGGGUCAGAAAAGCGUGGCCUUCGUCACGGUCAGCCUGCACUUGGACAAACUGCUGGAGAGGACUCUGCUGGGAUCUCCAGUCUGUUGUUACUGGCAGCCCGAGGAGCGCCGGUGUGCCGAUUUGGGGACGCGCACGUACACGCUGCACUUCGGCCUGCACGACACGACCUCUGACAUCAUGUCGGCGUACUUCAAUCCUCUCUACUGCAGACCAGUUGGGGGGCGCUGCCUGGCGGAGCUGCGGCCCAUCGACAGAGGCGACGUUUCCCAGCACCGCCUGCUGUCCGGGAACAUCCGGCUUCUUUGGAAGAGCGACUCGCUGGAAGGUUCCUUGGAGAAUUGCUGCGUGAUGACGCUGACGGUGCUGGAGGUCUACACGCCGCUGUGGUGCGUCAGCGUACCCGUGUGCGUCAGGACAGCCGGCAAGCCUCAGAAAAGCUUCUCCGACAACUACUCGGACGGCGAGCACUUCCUGUUGGUCCACAAAGACGCCCGCGGCCUGGUGAAGAUGACGCUGGUGUGGCUGAAGGAGCAGAGGCAGGUGUUCGUCGUCGACCUGGCGGUCAGUGUGUUCAAAAACGAAGGCGCCAGAUGACGUCUGAGGCGAGCGACUGCUGCUGCUGCUUCUUCUUCUGCCACAUGAGCAGGACGCACUGGUGGAUGAAGAUGUACUGCUCCUCCGUCUGGACCAUGGACAGGCGGUGCGAGCGCAUCUCCGACACCAUUCCCAAGAUGUCGGCGAACCCGUGCUCCCGGAUGUGCUGCAUCAGACGGUCCAGAGCCAUGAAGGUGCCUGUUCGGCCUACGCCCGCGCUACACACACACACACACACACACACAUACAAAUUCUCAUUGCAACAGUCAAAACGUGCUCAGGUUACAGCAUAGCAUUUACAUCAUUACAUUCAUUAUAAAAUGAAAUCUUACUAAAAUGGAUAUUUUAAUACACACAAGUCAUGGAAAAAAUGGUAAGACCACACUUGUUUGUUCAAUUUCUACGACGAAAAGUAAAAUACCUGAAGAAUACAAUGAACAUGACAAAAUGCAGCUGAUUCCAUAAUACUUGAUGUCCUACUGUAUUUGACAAGUUUACGUAAAAUUAUAUUCCCAGUGAUUUUAGUGACUAUUUUCUGGGCUAUACACUAUUCAGAAAUGCACACUUUAAAAAAAAAUAAUAAUAAUAAUAAUUAAACACGUCACUAAUUUCAGAAAUGACUUUUUUUUUUAAUGCACGACUGGGAAAUGCAUUUUAUUAAUUUUUUUUCCCAAACCAAACUUUUUUUAGAAUUAUACAACUUUUUUACUUUUGAAACAAAAACCUGGUAUUGUGUUGUACCUGCAGUGGACCACGAUGGGGUCCUUGGUCCUGUUGGCUUGCUGCCGCACGAUAUGGACGAACUGCAGGAUGCUCUCGAUGGCGUUUACCGUGGGAACGCCGUGGUCUGGCCACGACGUGUAGUUCAGGUGGAGGAUGUCCCGGGUCUCGUCCGCCUGCAGGCGAAAGGGGGGAGUGCACCUGUUCGCCAGGGGUUCGCAAACAUUUUUCCAAGGGCCGCCUCGUAAUCCGAAUGCCAAUUAAACAUAACUACCGUUUGUACCCCAAAAGGCCCUGGGGAUGAAAAACCUGGCUGUUUUUGAGAAAAACCGUUGCGAUAAAAUUGUUCCGUAUGAACAUUUUUAUUUUUAUUUUUUAAUCUUUCCAAGAACAAAGAUGUAUUUUUGUCAGUGUAAGAAGUAGCAAUACAGUGGAACAGCAGGGGAUGGGGACCGGGCUUAACCAACCAGCAAGUCGUGAAAAUGAAUGUUCAAUAUGCUCAUAAUUGGCAUGAAAUUUUAGUUUUUGGAAAAACAAAAAACUCAAAGAAGCAGAGAGUUCCGCCAAUAAUGAGGGAUUGUUAAAAAAAAAAAAAGUACAUUCGUGAAUGGCAAACCGUGAAUAAAUGUGUGGUCUGCUAUAGCACAAGUAUGAGUUGUAUUUUUCCAAGAAAAAUCAGAACGACAUUCAAGUCAAAAAUUUAAUGAGGGAUGUUUUAAAAAGUGAAUUUCCAGAGGAAAACUAAAACAAAGUGUGGUAAGCGAAUAAAUCACUGGCUCCGCACAGUUGUUUUGAAUUUUUAAGUAUCAUACGUUUUCACUUAAUCUUUAAGAACUUUCUUUUGAAACAUUUAUUUAGGCACAAUUUUUAUUUGACUGUUUGUAAUUGAAUCAUUCAAGUACAGGUUUCCUAUAUUAAUGUGCAGUUCUAAUGUUCAAAUUGUGCAUAAUGUUACAGUGGCUUACAUUAAUAUGAAAUAGUAUAUUUUAAUGUUGGUCACGACACCAUCCUCUGCUCUAAAAAAAAAAAAGGCCUAUAUUCCACACCAAAGCACACCUUUUGUUCUCGGGAAUUUUUUUUACUUUAUACCUUUUGCAGUAAAACAAACAAUCAAAAAACCUUUUAAUAUUACUCACGUAUCCCAGCCUGAACUUCCUGAUGGUCCACUCGGGCGACUCGUUUUCCGAGAGCAUCUCCACGCUGAUUUCGCCGUACGUGACGGGCUCGUCGCUGAACGGCCAGUAGUGAUCGCACUUGACCUGAAAACGCAGCAAACGAACACGUUUAGGCGCACAGGAAGCGAGCGGCUCCCGAGCACGAAAUGACACUCGCCCUUCGCCGCUCGUUGCACUGCGUCAGCAUGACCACGAUGGGAGACUUCUGCUGGAGGACCAUCUUCCAGAAGUCGUUGCGGGUCUCCGGCAGCGGACCUUGAGUGGCGAUGUACUCUUUGGGAUGUUUGUAGCCCUGGACAACAAAACCACCACAAAGUUGGAUUCGAUUUAUUUAUUUUGACCUAAAAGUGCAUUUGAGUCCACCAGGUCCAAAGUGUGUCCGUCGCCUCCCCCGUCCUACAAACUGGUUCAUUACAAUGUAUUUAUUUCUUUGAUUUACUUUGAUUUCAUUUAUCUUCUGAAGCAGUUGGUUAAUUGAUUAAUGGCACACAAUAAU